GUGUACUUUCAUUUUAUUCACUUUUUCGCCUCUCAUUGUUCAUUUUCAGGACAAAUUGAAAACCCAUUUCUCCCCUUCCAUAAACCCUCAAUUUCUCCAUUUCAAAUUCAUCCGAAAUGGGAGAAAUCAAACGUAAAAGAGGCCGAAAAGCCAAAGAUUCCAAGCCGGAGGCCCUAGAUUUUCCUCCCCCCACCACUGCUACUGCCACCGUCGCCAUGGAUGACGUUUUUUCAGUUAGCAACGUCGAGCUUAUGGAACCAGCAUCCACUUCUAAGCACCAUCAGAACCGCCGUGGGAGACCUAAGAAGCUUUCCAAGCAUGUCGAUAAUCCCGACAAGUUCCCGCAAUUGUCUCCGUCUAGACGUGGCCCUCGCGCUGUCGAAAAUGGCGAAUUUGCAGCUUCCGGCGAUGCCUUGCCGUCUUCUAUCGUUUCGGAAAGGGUGCAACCGGAAUGGCCAGGCAUGGCGAGAGUCAUGCCGGCCAUGGACGCUGUGGUUAAGGUGUUUUGUGUCCACACGGAGCCCAAUUUUUCUCUUCCUUGGCAGAGAAAGAGGCAAUAUAGUUCGAGUAGUAGUGGAUUUGUGAUUGGUGGAAGGAGGGUUCUCACGAAUGCGCAUUCCGUCGAGCAUUAUACCCAGGUUAAGCUUAAGAAGCGUGGUUCAGAUACGAAGUAUUUGGCGACCGUACUUGCAAUCGGGACUGAAUGCGACAUCGCAAUGCUUACUGUUGAUGACGAUGAGUUUUGGGUGGGAGUUUCGCCGGUGGAAUUUGGGGAGUUACCUGCACUGCAAGAUGCAGUAACUGUUGUUGGUUAUCCAAUUGGAGGUGAUACAAUUUCUGUCACAAGUGGGGUUGUAUCGCGGAUAGAAAUCCUUUCUUAUGUGCACGGGUCAACCGAGCUUCUCGGUCUACAGAUAGAUGCUGCUAUAAACUCUGGUAAUUCUGGUGGGCCUGCCUUUAAUGAUAAAGGCAACUGUGUAGGCAUUGCAUUUCAGUCACUCAAGCAUGAAGAUGCAGAAAACAUAGGUUAUGUCAUACCAACACCAGUUAUCUUGCAUUUUAUUCGGGACUACGAGAAGAAUGGAGCAUACACAGGCUUUCCAAUUCUUGGUCUUGAGUGGCAGAAAAUGGAAAAUCCUGAUCUUCGUGAGGCUAUGGGUAUGAAGCAAGAUCAGAAAGGUGUCCGUAUUAGGCGUAUCGAUCCUACCGGCCCAGAAUCCAAAGUUUUGAAGCCAGCAGAUAUUAUUCUCAGCUUUGAUGGGGUCGAUAUUGCAAAUGAUGGAACAGUUCCUUUCAGGCAUGGUGAGCGUAUAGGAUUUAGUUACCUUGUCUCUCAGAAAUAUACUGGUGAUAGUGCAACGAUAAAAGUUCUGCGCAACUCUGAGACACUUAGUUUUAACUACCAGCUUGCAACUUAUAGAAGGCUCAUUCCGGCACACAAUGAAGGCAGACCCCCUUCUUAUUACAUUGUAGCAGGAUUUGUUUUUUCCACUGUAUCUGUUCCUUAUCUUCGUUCUGAGUAUGGAAAGGAUUAUGAAUAUGAAGCUCCAGUCAAACUCUUGGACAAACUAUUGCAUUCAAUGCCCCAAUCACCAGAUGAGCAGCUAGUGGUGGUUUCCCAGGUACUUGUGGCUGAUAUCAACAUUGGGUAUGAAGACAUCGUUAACACCCAGGUCCUUGCUUUCAAUGGUAAACCUGUGAAGAACCUCAAGAGCUUGGCUAACAUGGUCGAAAGUUGCGACGAUGAAUUUUUAAAGUUCGAUUUAGAAUAUCAACAGAUAGUUGUCCUCCGCACAAGUACAGCCAAAGCAGCCACUUCAGAUAUUCUGGCCACACAUUGCAUACCCUCAGCUAUGUCUAACGAUCUCAAGACCUAACUUCAGAUUGAAAUUUUUUUAGGUAUACGUGUAGUUUAUUGUACUCGUCUACCGCCCUGCUGAGUAUGUGAAGGUUCUGAAAGGUUUCAUUUGAAGUGUGUGUAUGCUUUCCUUCUUCAUGACGUUGGGUUUAAUACGAAUGGUAGGAGGUAGAUUUUCAAAAGGAUUAGAAUGAAAGAUAGAAUCGAUCAAGAGUUAAAAACUGCAUUGUAUUGACUUCUCAGCUCUUGGAAGUUUUGAUUAAAUGAUAUUGGUAGUUGGUUAGGUGGAUUUGAUGAC